AUGGCUAAACUGCUGGAUGUCCUGUCCAGAGAGGACGUCAGACUGUUGGAGGUCUGUCAUCGCAGACACAGCGACAGAUCAGAUCUCUUCAAGACAAAGGUGGAGUGUGUGCUGGAGACCAGAGACAAGGCUCAGAGUGUCCAGCUGAGGAGGACUCUGAAGGAGCGCUACACCUCCAUAUCCUGGUUGGAGCAGCGGUCAGAACAAGCUCCACUGCAGACAGAGAAGACCUAGAUGUUGUUUAAGGUUCUGAGCUCGUUCCUGCAGAGCUGGGCCGGACUCGUGAUCAUAGAGUAAUCUGAACCAGAACCAGCAGACCCACUUAGCCCUGGAGGAAGAUUUACUUUCCAUUUUAAAUUGUCUGAACGGUGGAAUCACAGCAGCUGGACCAUCUU